GCCGCUGGGGGCUCCCGCCGUGCGGCGCGGCCCGUCCCGCCAUUGCCGGGGCAUGGAGGGCGAGAGCACCUCGGCCCUGCUCUCGGGCUUCGUCUUCGGCGCGCUCGCCUUCCAGCACCUCAGCACCGACUCGGACACGGAAGGUUUUCUCCUUGGAGAUGUGAAAGGUGAAGCCAAGAACAGCAUUACUGACUCACAAAUGGAUGAUGUUGAAGUUGUUUAUACAAUAGAUAUACAGAAGCAUAUUCCCUGCUACCAGCUGUUCAGCUUUUAUAAUUCUGCAGGAGAACUGAAUGAACUUGCCCUGAAGAAAAUACUAUCAGGCUGUAAGAAGAGUGUAAUAGGAUGGUACAAAUUCAGACGCAACACAGACCAGACCAUGACAUUCCGGGAGAGACUCCUCCAUAAGAACCUGCAGUCACACCUAUCAAAUCAGGGUCUUGUAUUCCUUCUGUUAACCUCUAGUGUGAUGACAGAAAGUUGUUCUACUUACAGACUGGAACAUGCCUUACAUCGGCCACAGGAAGGUCUUUUCCAGAAAGUCCCUUUGGUGGUUACCAAUCUGGGUAUGGCAGAACAGCAAGGUUACAGAACAGUGUCUGGCUCCUGUGUAUCUUCUGGCUUUGUGAGAGCAGUAAGACAACACAGGUCAGAGUUCUUUCAUGAGGAUGGAUCCUUGCAAGAGGUUCAUAAGAUAAAUGAGAUGUAUGCCACUUUGCAGGAGGAACUCAAGAAAAUAUGCUUUACAGUAGAAGUCAGUGAACGAUCUGUAGAGAAACUUUUAGCAGAGGUGAGGCAAUUAAAAGAAGAAAUAAAGAGGAAAAAGCAACAAGGUUGUUCAGGAGAAGACAGAAACUACACAGGAGAGCCAAAGGAGAAUGUUCUCCUUUGUCAGGCACUGCAAACAUUUUUCCCCAAUUCUGGACUUCAGACAUGUAUUGUUUCCUUCAAAGGCCAACAGAUAUCCAAGAACUGCUGUAACAUUAACCAUAAUAUUAAUGUCACGGACAAACUGACUCUCAUGGUAGAGGAAAGAGACUUCACUGAAGCUGAAACAAGACAUCUAACCAAGCGUAAAGUCAGAGGGACCACAACAGUAUCAAAGUCAUUCAAGAAAUCCAGAUCGUUGCAGCUUCACCGAGAAUCACUUGCAGACCCAGAGGACAGUGACCAGGACAGGAAGCUUACACUGAGCAGCACUGAAUCAGACGAGGAUGUGUUGGAAAAAAAUAGAGACACAAAUGAAUACCCACACUCUCCUACUUUCUGAUCUGUUAAUGAUUUGUCAGAUGACUUCACACCAAAAGCUACUGCAAGCAUA